UAGGAGAAGAGAAGACAAACGAAACGAAGGCGUUAUAAAAGGGAAAGUAAGUUCCUAAAAGAAGAAAACAGCCACUCACACGAAAGCAAAGCAAACCAAAUAUGGAAAAUUGCUACUUAUAGUAACUCCCAUCUUUUUAUGCAAUUUUACAGAGCAGACCAGAUUGAAAGAUGGGGAGAGGAAGGAUUGAGAUUAAGAAGAUUGAGAAUGUGAACAGUCGUCAAGUCACUUUCUCCAAAAGACGUAACGGGUUGAUGAAGAAGGCCAAAGAGCUUUCGAUCCUCUGCGACGCGGAGGUUGCUCUUAUCAUCUUCUCCAGCACCGGCAAGGUUUACGAUUUCUCCAGCGGCUGCAUGGAGCAAACUCUUUCUAGAUAUGGAAACAAUGCUGAAACGGCUGAUCAUAAACAAAGAGAACAACAACAGCUUUUACUUUGUUCUUAUUCACAUCAAAAUGGUGUUGUGUUCCAAAAAGAUGAGUCUACGAAGAGCGAGCUUGUGAGACUACAGCUUGCUAUUGAGAGACUGAAGGGUAAGAAGCUUGAGGGUAUGAGUUUCUCGGAUCUUAUUUCUCUUGAAAACCAGUUGAAUGAUAGUUUGCAUAGUGUCAAGAAUCAAAAGACACAACUCUUGCUUAGCCAGGUAGAAAGAUCCAGGUUACAGGAGAGAAGAGCAUUGGAAGAGAACCAACUCUUGCGCAAACAGGUAGAGAUGUUGGGGAGAGGUUCAUCAGGACCAAAAGGGUUGAGUGAAAUACCUCAAUUCUCUAGCCCACAAGCGGAGCACGAGAGCUCUUCAUCAGAUGAUGACGAUAAUGACAAUGAGGACCACCAUUCUGACACUUCCUUGCAGCUGGGGUUGUCAUGGUCGGGGUAUUGUAGAAAGAUAAAGAAGCCAAAGAUCGAAUCACCCUGCGAUAACUCUGGAAGUCAAGUGGCUUCUGGUUGAUGGAAUCAAUGAUUGUUCUCUUAAGUAUGGUGUUUAGUAGAGUGGCUUUUGGUUUUACCUGGUAUCAAAAAUUAGAGUUUGGUUUAUGUUUUAGGUGAACCAUUUUACCUUGAAUCAAAAAGGGUUUAACACU